UUCUGCACGGGAAACGGCGUUUGUUUGUUGUGUUACCUGUUAACAUUAGCUAAAGACAUGGCGGAAUACGCACACGUAAAAUCUACCAAACUGGUUUUGAAAGGUCAUAAUAAAGGGAAAAAGAAGAAAAACAAAGAUAAGAAAAGAAAAGCCACAGAUGAAGAGCAAAGGCUUGAUAUUGUUGGUGGCUGGUGGUCUGUAAGCAGCUUUGGAGAAAUUACAGGAACAGUUGCCAUAGAGAUGCAGAACAACUCAUACAUCCAUGCCCUGGAUACCGGUCUCUUCACACUCGGUUCACCACACAGAGAUGAUGAAGGACCAGAUCCUCCCGAACAGUUUACUGCCAUCAAGCUCUCAGACACACGGAUAGCCUUGAAGUCUGGAUAUGGAAAGUACCUCGGCAUCAACUCUGAGGGUGUGGUGAUGGGGCGCUCUGAUGCCAUUGGCUCCAGGGAACAAUGGGAACCAGUCUUCCAGGAUGGCAAAAUGGCUCUCCUGGCAGCAAAUAGCUGUUUCAUUUCCUACAGUGACAACGGGGACAUUGUGGCCAAGAGCAAGACAGCAGGGGAUGGCGAGAUGGUGAAGAUCCGAACUUGUGCAGAACGAGAGGUCAAGCGUAAAGAUGACAUUGCAGAUGAGGACAGGGGCAACGUGAAGUCCUGUGAGAUCAAUUAUGUGAAGAAGUUUCAGAGUUUUCAAGAUCGAAGGCUCAGGGUUAAUGAGGGCGACGCCACUGUCCUAAAGAAAGCCAGGACGGAUGGAAAAUUUCACGAAGCUUUGCUCGACAGGCGAAGCAAAAUGAAAGCAGACAGGUACUGCAAGUGAAGAAUGUGGAUUGCUGUCAUGCCUUUGUAAAUACAUGUUCAUCUUUGUGAGAUUCUUUGCUUUGCUCUGGAGUAAAAAUUGUGUCUAAUGUUUGUGGAAUGCUUUUGCAACCUUUGAUAGGAAUCAAAUGGCCUGUAUGGUGGUAUUUAAUAUAUGAACUAUGAAGAUUAUUUAGUGGGAAAUUAACUACAGGCUGAUGUUUAACUAAGCUUUAAUGAAAGGCAGCAAUACCUAAUUUGUUAAUCCAUAACUUAGUUUGACAGUACUCUGUGUGCUUCAGUAUUUGCAAUGACUUUAUGCAACAAGGUUACAUGAAUGCAACUCAAAAGAGGUAGUGAAUUCACUUACACAACUCAGCAUGUGUUUUACCCUCCACUGCGGGCAUUUAUCCUUUUGGCCUAUUGAUGCAUUACUAAAUGGGCACACUGGGCACAUGGCCAAGGAUUAUGGGGGCAUAGAUAUUACACGUUUUCACCUGCAAAAUAUUGGUGUGAAUGAAACUUAGUCUAGAAUGAGUUAUAAAAUGAAUACAAACAGUUUCAAAAUCAAACAAAGAUACUUAAGUACCAAAAAGAGAGAACACUACAAGGGGAUGCAAAUCAGUUACAAAAUACUUCUUUUGUAUCAGGGCAGUGCUGGUGCUCUCACUGUUUCAGGAUGUGUAUUCAUUAGUUCACCCCCCAUAGUUAGACACAUUAGUGGCCAGAUAUUUUCUUAAAUGUAUCCUCGCUUGUUGAGUUAGCCACAACCUAAUUGUUAUCCAUAGUCCCUACCUGUAGUCAGAAUGAUAAACAACCUUUAGAAAAAAACCCUCAGCAUUACAAAGAUGAAAAGAAAGCAAAACAACAGACAUAUAAAACAGAAACCAUAGAAGGAUAAAAUCAAUGGUGACAAAAGUGAUUAUCAAACAUCUUUUAAACUGUGUUUAAAAGCUGUAGCUGGUCUGCUGUCUAAUACUAGUUUGUAUAGAGCUCCACUGUUGCACAACCUUUACAGAAAAUGCACACUGACCACAAGAGCUCUGCCUCAAAGGAAUAAUAAAGGCCUGUCAAACGUC